CUUCUAUAUGAAUUUAUUUUUUUAAAGGGAUUUUUGAAGAAUGGAGCCGUCGAACUCUGAGUUAAGUAUGCCAAUUGAAUCUUCAUCGACGCUGGCUUCUCACUCCUCAAAUUCUUCGCAAACUGAGAUCAAAGUUGAGCAUGUGAAACACAGUUGGACAGUGAAGAAUUUUUCACAUUGUUACCAGGAAUAUUUAGAAAAUUUUGUUCACCUACAUCGUGGUGAAGAUACGCUUACCUGGUCCAUCAAAAUUUACCCAAAAGGAAAUGGUGAAAACAACAAAGAUUUUGUUUUUUUGUGUCUUAAUAGAGUGAUCAGUAAUACGAAUGCGCCAUGCAAAAAUGGAAAAAUUGGCUUCAAGUCUCGUUUCAUUUUACGAACCAGCGAAAUGAAAGAGAUCGAAAUGCGUAUUCAUCCAAAUCCCUCCCAUUCUGAUUACGUUUCAUACAUAAAACGAGAUGUUUUGUUUCCACAAAUAUUGCCAAAUGAUUCAAUUAUUGUAAACGUUGAGAUAGAUGUAGCUGUGGAAACUGUUACGACAACGCUAGAGGAGAUGUUAACCAGUAAUAGCGAACAACAGCUCACGGAAGAUUAUUUGAAAAUGUUGAAAGAUAACGUGCUGACUGAUUUCGCAAUAAAAGUCGGCGAGCGAGAAAUUAAAGUUCAUCGUGCUAUUCUAGCGGCUAGAUCUCCGGUUUUUGCUGCUAUGCUAAGGCAUGAAGACACCAAUGAAGCUAAAACGGGUGUAAUGGUGAUCGAAGAUUUGGAAUAUGAUACGGUUACGGAAAUGCUCAAUUUCAUUUACUGUGGGCGUUGUUUAAGAGAUGUUAAUGAAUUUGCGUUUGCCUCCGAUUUAUUAAUUGCUGCAGACAAAUAUCGACUUGAAGAACUGAAAAAUCACUGUGAAAAAGCUUUAAUUCAGGCGUUGACAUUUGAAAAUGUUUGUGAAUUGCUCAUCGUUUCGGAUAUCUACAGUGCACCACAUCUUAGACAUCGUGCCGUAGAAUUUAUCAUCCAGCAUCCACGAAAUAUUACGUCUACGCCAGGUUGGGAUAAUGUUGUCAAACAACAUCAUGAUCUUGUCACAGAUAUCGUUCGUCAUUUCGAUAAAUCAUCCGACAGAGGUAACUUGUAGAAGAUAUUUCCGGUGAAUUGGUACUAUAUGUGUGUCAGUUACACAGGUUGAUUAAUAUGUGAUUUUUGCUUGAACUUUCAAAUUCGAAAGUGUGUUCUUUCAAUUGUUUCGUGAUACUAUUUUCGAAGUUUAGUGGAAGGGAAAAAGUGACUAUCACCACCUUAUCUAAUUUAAAAAAGUUGGCCUGACACAUAAUGAUUCCGUUCUUACGGCAGAAAUCGUGGGAGUGAUUCGAUAUUAGGUAUUUCACUGUCUGCUAGUCUGGAAAGUACCGGAUCAGUGAAGUAUGUUAAGAUUAGAUGUCAUUUUUCCCAAAUUUGUUUAGACGUACAGUUUGGCCGAGCAAGCAUAACUUUCACUUUUGAAAGAGAACUAAACGAACUCGCUACUUCUUAAGAAUUACUGUUGACAUAAAUAAAACUUGAAGGCGAUUAGGUUCCGGCAUUUCUGCCAAGAUAAUGGUUGUCUUUAACAAGAGGGUAGUGUCCUCGAGGUAAACUGUAGAAAGGUAUGAAUUUUUUCUAACUGUGAUGGUUCUC